ACGCAAAGCCCAAAUAGGUUCAGUAUAAAUUCAAGACUUCCUUUUUCCUUCGGGAUUCAUCACCUAAGCCUCUCUACUCUCUAUAAAUUGAUACUCCCCCUUUCUCCUUUUCUUAGCGUUGGAAUUGGAGAAUACAGAGAUAAGAUACAAAACAAAAGGAAGGAUUUAAUAAGGUAUAAGAGAGAGUAAGAGGGGUUCCCUGUAAAGCUAGUAGUGGUGCUGCAUGUGCUGUGCUUUGGAAUGACAUUGCUACUUUACCAGACAUAUUAUUAUUAUUAUUAUCAUUAUUAGCAUUUAGCAAGAUCGUUCAUAAGUCACUACUAAUUCUCAUUGUGUAGAAAAAAUAAAAAAGAGGCACUUCUUUUGGAUCUUAAUUUCUUUCUUGGAUCAUCUCCGUUCUUCUUCUCUUUUGUCGACGUAAUUGGACGGCGACGGCGAUUAUUUGUUGUUGGUGAAUCGGUGAUCCACAGAGGCAAUGGGUGAAGAGACUAGGAAGGAAGAAGCCAAGGUAGAGGAGAAAAAGGAAGAGAAGGCAGAGGAGAAAAAAGAAGAAAAGGCAGAAGAGAAAAAAGAAGAUAAGGCGGAGGAGAAAAAAGAAGAAAAGGCGGAGGAGAAGAAAGAAGAAAAGGCGGAUGAGAAGAAAAAUGAAAAUGCGGAAGAAAAGAAAGAGGAGCCCAAGCCACCCGAGCCUGUAAUUUUGUUCGUAGACUUGCAUUGUGUAGGAUGUGCAAAGAAGAUAGAGAGAUCCAUCAUGAAAUUCAGAGGAGUUGAAGAGGUUGUUAUGGACAUGGCACAGAAUCAAGUAACCAUAAAAGGGAUAGUGCAGCCUCAAGCUAUAUGCAUGAGAAUACAGAAGAAGACCAAGAGAAGAGCCAAGAUCCUCUCUCCAUUACCUGCAGCCGAGGGAGAUGCCUUGCCAGAAGUCGUCACUUCACAGGCUAGUGGAUUGACCACUGUGGAACUGAAUGUGAACAUGCAUUGUGAAGCUUGCGCUCAACAACUCAAAAGAAAGAUACUCAAAAUGAGAGGGGUGCAAACAGCUGAGACAGAGAUGAGUACAGGAAAGGUGAUGGUGACCGGUACCAUGGACGCUGGACGGCUCGUCGAUUAUGUAUACAGGAGAACUAGAAAGCAAGCACGUGUCGUCCCGCAGCCCGAACCUGUUGCCGAGAAGAAUGAGGAAGGAGAAAAACCAGCAGAAGAAGCAGCAAAACCCGAAGAGAAGAAGGAAGAAAAUGCUGAGAAGAAGGACGAUAAUGCAGAGAAAAAGGAAGAAGAUAAAGCACCGGCGGAACAAGAAAACAAGGGCGAAAAUAAUAGCGGUGACAACAACGAGAAUAGUGCCAAAGAAGCCAAGGAGGGUGAUGAAAACAAGGAAGAGAAGAACAACGGCAGCAACAACAACGAGGAGGAAAUAAUGAAGCGAAUGAUGUAUUACUAUCCCCCACUUUACGUCAUCGAACGGGUCCCACCUCCCCAACUUUUCAGUGAUGAGAAUCCAAACGCAUGUUGCAUCACAUGAUCAGAAUCCGUUUUCAAAGGAUUAUAGUAUAAUAAAUAUGAUAUGGAAGGGUUAAUGUAUAAUCAAGUUUAAUUAAUUAAGUCGAGGUUAAUAAAUGAUAUUAUCAUGUGAUCUUUUAAUAUCUACUGCUACAAAUAAAAUAAUAAUGCAUCCGGUGGAACCAG